CCUGGGUACCAGCAACAAGGCUCUCCGGGAAGAUCCGUUGUACAUGGGUAGCCGUCGUGACAAGGUCACCCCCGACGAGGAGCGUGAGUUCAUGGACGAGUUGAUGACUGCUCUGACCGAGCGCUGGCCUGGUAUUGUCAUCCAGUUCGAGGACUUCAAGAACCCCUUCCCCGCUCUGGAACGUUACCGCGACGUUUACACGUGCUUCAAUGACGAUAUCCAGGGUACUGGAGCUGUCAUCCUCGGCGGUGUGAUCAAUGCUGUCAAGCGCUCCGGCCUUCCCUGCAAGGAACACCGUGCUGUCUUCUUCGGUGCUGGCAGUGCUGGUGUCGGUGUUGCCAAGCAGAUCGUCGACUUCUUCGUCCGUGAGGGCAUGACCGAAGAUGAGGCCCGCGCCUGCUUCUACUUGGUUGACACCAAAGGUCUCGUGACUGCUGAUCGCGGUGACAAGCUCGCUGACCACAAGGUCUACUUUGCUCGCACCGACAACAACGGUCUGCAGCUGAAGACCCUCGAGCAGGUUGUUGACCACGUGAAGCCCACCAUCCUGAUGGGUCUUUCCACCAUGGGCGGUGUCUUCACCCCUGAGAUCCUCCGCAAGAUGGCCGACUGGAACAAGAGCCCCAUUGUUUUCCCUCUGUCCAACCCUUCCUCCAAGUCUGAGUGUGACUUCGAGAGUGCCAUCACCAACACCGACGGCCGUGUGCUUUUUGCGUCUGGUUCCCCCUUCCAGCCCAUGAGCUUCACCAACUCCGCCGGUGAGACCCGCACCUACUACCCCGGCCAGGGUAACAACAUGUAUGUUUUCCCUGGUAUUGGUCUGGGUACCAUCCUCUCCAAGGCGGUCAAGGUCACCGACACCAUGAUCUAUGCCUCGGGUGAGGCUCUCUCCAAGGCUCUGACGGCCGAGGAAAUCGACAAUGGUCUCCUCUACCCCGACUUGACCCGCAUCCGCCAGGUUAGCGUUGUUGUGGCGCGCAAUGUCAUCCGUGCGGCCCAGGAAGCUAAGGUCGACCGCGAGACCGCCCUGCGCAACAUGGACGAUGCCACCCUGGAUGCCUGGAUCAAGGCCCGUAUGUACGAUGCUCACACGGAGGUUCUGUCUUUGGAGCGCGAAGUUGGCGCCAUCCUGUCCAGCCUGGGCGCCAGCGCCUUGUCUCUGCCUGGCCUGAGCGAGGAGGCUGAAAAGAAUGCUAAGCUGUAAAUGGCUGUGCCUGGUUUGUCUUUUUCAUCUUUUGCAUCCCUGUGUUGACCAGGUUGCUUGACUUUGGAGCGAUUCUUUUAUUUUUUUUUUU